AAAAACCGCUAUUUGUGCUCGGUAUAGAGUAACCCCCGGUCAGCCGCCGCUACACUACGUGUUAACCCACAUAACCCACAUAACCCACAUAGCUUCUACACAUCUCCUGCAGAGGCUCGUACAGCGUUGUACGAAAGCGUGAACGCGACUCCUGCUAGAAUUAGAGUUUUUGCUGUGGAAUUGCUUCUUAAACGUGUCGUAUACUGUGUCUGGUUACUGGGUGUCUAGAAAAAAGGAUUUGAACCCCGUCAAAGCAGGAUAGGACGAAUCUACGCAAGCACGAAGAAAUUCGCUUGUUUACUAGUCAUGUGGAGCUUGAGAAACACUCCGGUUCAAACAGUUCAAAUUGCAUAAGAAUGUCUGAAAAUGAAACACGAGUUCCAGCAUCGGAAACGCCGGGCAGUUCACUGACGCCUGUUGCACCUGCAGCACCAGUUAGUAGCUCUCGGUCGUCGUCACGAAUGUCGUCGCAACGAAGGACGUGUUUGAGGUGCCAGCAGCCUAUCUCUGGUCAGUAUGUCCAUGCUCUUGGAAGCAUUUUUCAUUACAACUGUUUUGUAUGUGAAGACUGUGGAAAGCCGGUGGCCGAGAAGUUUUUCCCUAUCGACAAACACAUGUCUGGCUCGGUUUUCCGCCAAAGCCUGAGCUCUAUGAAGUCCUACGCUGGUGUGCUUUGCGAGACAGAUCGGUUCCGCCGGUUGGAUAUGCUUUGUGCAAAGUGUGGAUCAGCCAUUCGCGAUUCGUACAUAACUGCCGCAGGCCAGAAAUACCAUGUCGACCAUUUUACUUGUCAGAUGUGUCCCACCGUGCUGGGUCCACGCGAUUGCUACUACUUGCACGAGGACCAGACAUACUGUUCUUUUCAUUAUGCGGCUUUGUAUGCCACUCGCUGUAAAGGUUGCAGCUUGGCCAUUUUGAAGGACUUUGUCGAGGUGUUUCGUGACGGCAAAAAGACCUGCUGGCAUCUUCCGUGUCACCUGACGUACAAGCAUUGGCAUGUCUCCUACUAUGGUUACUUCAAGAAGCAGAUUUGUUCACCGAGUUCCAUAUCCGCUGUGUAUGAUGACGGCCAGCGUGAGCGAAUUGAAGAACGCGACAAGCAGCUGCACACAACCAUUAUACAUGUGUGGCUUGUUAUGUCACAGUUCGAGGAGCAGAUGGCUCUCUGUCUCGGAGACAUGCUGGCUUCGUUCUCCAAGCGAAAUGUUACCGCCAUCAUUCUAUCAACACAGUUCCUUGUAUCGCUUGUGAAACCGUUAUUCAAAGCCAUUAUCACGGUUGACAGCGCAUUGCAAUCUUUUAAUUUGCCGAGUGCUGACUGUGCUCGCGAUGCCCGCUCAUUGUGUAAGCGUAUCGUGGCCUUUUUACUCCAUGCAUCUGAACGUACAAACCUUCAUGCCUUUCCCGACACUUCACCCAACAAAGACCCGCUUUCUAUAAUUACUAAUGUGGCCUAUUUAUUGAAACACCUUAUACAUACAUCUCUUUCUGCUGCUCUUCGUUUGACUUUUAAUCUUUCUUCAUCUGAUACCCUUGAUACGUUCCUUUCUAUAUUCGAAAACGAGACGCCCACAGGCCCCCGUGUUAAUUCUAAGACAGUUGACCGCUCAAUGGCUAUGAGCAUGGUAGAACAGCGCAGCAAUUUGUGUCCUGUCUGUGAAAAGCCCGUUGAGGAAAAGUGUGUCUCGUGGCGAUCUGUUCAUAUUCACCUUUGCUGCAUGCGUUGUGCUGUCUGCGGUAAGAACUUGGACAAUGACUUUUGUAAUGCUACCUACAACCUUGAGUUACAGCGUGUGGAAUGUGCUAAAUGUGCACAAGGCGAGGUCCUUGAGGGCUUCCAACUUGUGAAGCAGUAUGAGCAGUUCGUGUACUUACUAAGUAUCGCCUUGUCGCGUUUCAUUCUGAGUGCUCGUGAAGCUCAUGUAUUCCAUACAGACGAAGAUGUUAUAUCUGAGUUCCAAAAGUCGCAGACUUCUCUGCUUGCGUAUAAGACGAAUGUCAAUUCGUCGAAGUCAUCUCCUACGCCCGACUUAAUGCUGAACGGAACAAUGAUUGAUAAUUAUCAUUCGUAUGCCGACAAAGUGAAGAGUUUUUAUUAUAACAAAAGUCUUCCAUUUAUUAGCGACGAUGAGCGUUCUGUUGUAUCAUUCUUUUCUGACGCUGAAAGUCGCACAACCUCUCAAAGUUCGUUCCGUUCACGUUGGAGGGGACGCAAGAGCCAUUCACAUAAACUGUCAGUUACUCCUACGACGCAUGAAGGUUUUCUGUUCACAGAUGCCCAACUUUUCACCCUGGAUGAUAUUUGCUUGGCUAUUUUGGAUCAACGAAACCGAGAGAACAGACCAAAUGCUUUUCAGCAUGCUAAAAAUAUUGGCAUCUCUCACCAAUCCAUGUAUAAGAAACAGAUUGUACAAAGUUACAAGUCGAUAAAAAAUGGUGAUGAUUCUCUCGAGCGGAAAAAUGAUUAUCUCCUUAUAGACAACUUAAGUGAUGAGCAAAACGCAUUGCUCAGGCGUUUGUGUUUGUAUACGUUACACAGAAAGUCUAAUACUUUCCGCUCCCUAAAAAUUCCGGACGCUAAUAUUGAAGUAAGAGAAGCAUCAAAGCCGCUCAGUUUUUGGCAACGAAUUCGCAAUUGGUGGAGGCCUUCUCCUAAAAUGCAAACCAAUGGUCUUUUUGGCAUUCCACUUACUGCCCUUGUGCAGGAGACAGGAGUAUAUAGCACGCUUGGUCUAACAUCUUCUAAUAGUCGGAUACCACUUUUUAUUGAAAACCUUCUUCGGGCGCUGCUGAGUAUGGACAUGUCAGUUGAAGGUAUCUUUCGGAAAAAUGGUAAUCUGAAGGAAUUGAGACUGCUUGUUCGUGUAUGUGAGAAACAACAUGGCGAUGUUGGCUUUGAGAACCAAACUCCCGUGCAAUUGGCUGCUUUAUUGAAGAAGUUUUUGCGUGAAUUACCGGAGCCACUUUUGACUUUUGAUCUGUUUCAAGCUUUUAUUGAUGCGGCGAAUAUUGAAGAUAACGCUGAACGAUUGGAAGUGCUCCACAUGUUGUACUGUUUAUUGCCCAAGGAACAUCAUGACACGACUGACGUUUUAUUUGGGUUCUUUGGUUGGGUUGCUUCGUUUUCACGGCUGAGUGAAGACACUGGUAGUAAAAUGGAUCUCCAUAAUCUUGCUACUGUAAUAUCUCCUAACAUACUCUAUAGCAAAGGCGAAAUGUCCGUUGAUGAUAGCUUUUUGGCCAUUGAAGUUGUCCGGAUGCUCUUGGAAUACCAUACCACGUUCGAGUCAAUACCAUCCCAAUUUGUGCCGUUCCUGUACGAUGAGAAGAUACUUAAUUCCUUUAUGGAGCUAUCACCUUCUCAGUUUGAGAACAAACUGAACAGUCUUGUUUCUUGAUAAACCAGUUAUUCCCCUAAUGCAUCCCUCAAAUUCCCUUUCUCUGCGACACACUUAUGAAAACCAGACCCAUCCCUUCUACCUUAAACACACACACCGAGCCGAACACCGCUGUCGUAUCUGAUCGGGUUGAGCUUAUAGCGCUAUCCUUUAAUGAAGUAUCACUGUUUCAAGGUUGGCCCGUGCAAACCACCGGUCAAUGUCUAAUAAUGGAUUAUGGAUAGUUUAUAAGUUUACUGAAACAACAACACUGGAAUAACAUAAUAUUUCUUUAAAUAGUAACUGAGUAAAACUCGAAAGUUACAAAAUAA